UUGAGCUCGGCUGCGCGCCUCCAGGCCUGCAGAAAGCAGAUCCGCUGCAGCUCUGCCUGCCUGUCUGUCCGCAGAUUCCUAUAAACCCAACAGACUCUGGUUGUUGUUGCUGGAAAGACCCUCCGCCAUGUCCAUGUUCUCGGUGGUCCGGAAGCAGGUCAAGAGUCACCCCUCUCUGAUCCCCCUCUUCAUCUUCAUCGGUGGUGGAGCGACGAUGAGCAUGUUGUACUUGGCCAGACUGGCUCUGAAGAAUCCCGAUGUCUCGUGGGAUCGCUCAAACAACCCAGAGCCCUGGAACAAGCUGGAGCCCAAUCAGCAGUACAAAUUUUUCACUGUCAACAUGGAUUACUCCAAACUGAAGAAGGACCGGCCAGAUUUCUAGGUCCUUUCACGACCGGGGUGCCGAGCUUAUGCACUUUUUUGUUUUGCCAAAGUUCAAGUUGAGUGUUGGUCAUUUAACAGUUGAUUAUCAGCAGGAAAGGGAUCAUAAACAUAUACAAGUUUGAAUGAAAGCAGGCGACCACCUGUUUUCUACUGAGAAAUUCUGUUUUUUUUUCUUUUACGUGUUGUAAAUUAUUAAAGCAAUUAAAAUGAUUAAUCUCA